GCCUUACAACAGAACACUAACAAGCCCCUCCCCCAUCGACAUGGCCUACCUCAACGAUCACUACCCAAGCCAUAUAUACAAUCAUCACUAGCACUAGCACUGUGAGCUGGUUGUUGGGGAGAACUUAUCAUAUAAUGGACCUAGAGGACCAACAAAGACAGAGAGAGUUCUAUAGUCAUGUCAGAGAAACUAUAAUAUCACUACUGGUUUUAUUACUGCUCUACUUAUUCUCGUAUGGGCUGGUAUCCAGGUAUAAAAGGCAUAAAUCACGCGAGGACUGCUACUCAGGUGAAGAGGAUGCAACCGUGUAUAGGAUAACGACGUGGUUGUGCUCGUUCUCACUGUGUGUAAGCCUUGGCUCUGCCCUCCUCCUCCCCAUGUCCAUUGUCGGCAACGAGGUCCUCGUGCACUACCCCCAUAGUUACUACGUGCAAUGGCUCAAUACAUCACUGAUCAGAGGUCUGUGGAAUAUGGUGUUCCUUGGUUCCAAUGUCAGUCUGUUCCUGCUAUUACCAUUUGCCUAUUUCUUCACGGAAUCUGAAGGCCUGGCUGGAUCAAAAAAGGGUGUAAUGUCACGGAUCACCGAGACUGCUCUACUGCUCUGUCUGCUGGGAGUAAUGGCUGCUCUCUUGGCUGGGCUCCUCUCAUCCUUCCUCUCGGGAGAAGAGAGUGAGGCUCCCCAGUGGUGGUGGUCAGCACUGCCCCUCCUCUACUCCUUGGUGUCCAUGCUGGGGGUCCUCGUGGCCUGUCUGGUUACCCCCCUCGGAUUCUCAGCACUGUUCACUCUACUCGGAGAGGUCAUCACUAGACCUAUGCUUCAUGGCCAUGUGGAGGAAAGAAUAGACGAGUUGAAGUUUGAGGAGGCUGCUCUACAACGUAGACACAGGAUAGUCAAUGGGAUGGUUGCUAAGCAACCUGCUACCGUUGAAGAUUCUCUUAACAAGCUACAAGCUGAGCGGAGGAGCUUGGAGCGCAGACUUCGCUCAUCACCGUGGGAGAGGAACCUCGUCUACCCCCUGUGUUUCCUGGGGAUGUUGGGACUCUCUCUGUUAGCUCUGCUACUGGUACUGGCCAACACACUGUCUCUGCUCCUCGACCCCACCUCUGUGCAUAACUCCGUGGAGUAUCUCCUCGGCUAUCAGAGCACAUCUCAACUGGGUGCCGUGGGGGCGUGCGUGGAGGUGGUCCUCAUUGUAUACCUCAUGUGUGCCAGUGUGGUGGGCGUGUACAGCACCCCUCGGCUCAACAAUCUGCUUCCAAAGAUCCACGACACACCAAUGACUAAGGUGAUAGCCAACUGUGCCCUGCUACUAAUGCUGAGCUCAGCACUUCCCCUUCUCUCGAAGACCCUCGGUAUCACAAGAUUCAACCUCCUGGGACUGUUUGGGAGCUUCGAGUGGCUGGGUAAUGUCUGGCUUGUGCUGGGCUAUAACUGCGUCUUCUUUGUUGUCACAUCCACCAUCUUAUCGCAGAGAGUGACAAGAACUAUACUUAAAGAGACUUCUAAACUGUUAGGAGCCAAGUUAAAUUUUACUAGACGCAAGGGUGGUCAUUCGAACUCCCCCGAUAAAUCAGAAUUACAUGUGAACUGAAGUUUUUAGAACUGAAGUUUUUAUUAUGUUGACAUGCACUUGUUGUAUUGUGUUCUGCACAUAUAUUAUUAUCAUCACUAUAAUUAUGUACAUGUAUAAUGAUAAUUAUACAUGUAUCUAUAAUUACACUGUGUUUUUACAGAAUCAGAUGUUUAUCAACCAUUCAGCUAGUGAUUCACAAUAAUAAUAAUUGUUAUGCGUUUACGCGAUAUUGUGAAUACAACAACAAUCAUUGUAUAAUAUUAUAUACUUUAUUAUAAUUG